AUGCUGCCGCCGCCCUCAGAGCAGGCCCUGGGCCCGCCGCUGGCUCGCAAGGAGGACGAGAGCGGAGCCCCGCAGGCCCCCCGCUGCCAGCCGAGGGAGACCGUGCUGCGGGACGCGCACAGCCAGCUGUACCAGGCGCAGGGGGCGCUGCGGCGCCUGCAGGAGGACUUCGUCCACAACCUGCAGGUGCUGGAGGAGCGGGACCGUGAGCUGGAGCGCUACGACGCGGCCUUCGCCCAGGCCCGAGGGCUGGAGGAGGCGCGGCAGGCGGAGGUGAGCGAGCUCAGGGUGGAGGCGGCCCGGCUGAGGCAGGCGCUCGCCAGCGAGGCCCGGCGGCGGGAGGACCUGCAGCGACAGCACCAACUGAAGCUGCAGGAGCACCGGCUGGAGCUGGAGCGCGUCCACAGUGACAAGAACAGCGAAAUGGACCAGCAGCGGGAACAGUACGAAAACCUGAAAUGGAAGCUGGAGAGAAAGCUCGAGGAGCUCGAUGGCGAACUUGCUCUGCAGAGGCAGGAGCUGCUGCUGGAAUUCGAGUCUGAAAUGCGGAAGAGGGAGCACGGGUUCCGCCUGCAGGCAGACAGCAUGAGCAACGUGGUCUUGACUCAUGAGCUCAAGGUAAAACUGCUGAACAAGGAGCUCGUGGCUCUGAAGGAAGCGGCCGCACAGGCCGCAGAGUCGCUGCGGAGCGCCGAGGCCGCCAACGCGGGGCUGGAGGAAAAGCUGCAGCACAGUGGCCAGGAGCUCAGGGACCUGGCCGCUGCCAAGGACGCCCGGAUAAAGGACUUAGAGGGCAAACUAAACUGUGUGCAGCUCUCCAGGAAGAAGGAAGAGGAGGUGUUCAGGAGGAAGCACGAGGAGCUUGACCAUCUGGCCAGGGAGAGGGAUGCGGUGCUGGCGGCUGUGAAGGGCGCCCACGCGGAGCAGCUGCAGGUGCUGGAGGCCAGGGCUCUGGGGCUGCAGGCCCGCUGUGAGGCCCUGGAGCUGCAGCUCCGCAGGGCAGAGUGGAGGCAGGUCGAUGCCCUGAAGGAGAAGGAUGCCGCCAUGGACAAACUUCGGGAAGAUGCGUCAGCUCUAAAAUCCGGCUGGGAUGCCCAGAUCGCUCAGCUGUCCAAGGAGAUGAUCUCCAAGGACCUUCAGCUUCAGUCGCUGCAGGGAGAGGAGGUAGAACUCAAGGCACAUCUGGCCAGAUGCCAGCAGGACAUCAGAAGGUACAAACAGCAGCUGUCCGUGGCUGCGGAGAGGGAGCGGGGCCUGGAGCGUGAGAAGGUGCAGCUGGAGCUGGACUGGCGGCAGCGCUGUGAUGGUGUGGAGAGGGACCACUACCGCAAGUCCGAGGACCUGAUUCAGGCCCUGACCGAGGCGCGGGAUCAGGUUGCUGCCAAGCUCCAGGAGACAGAGCGGACGCUGCGUGACCAGGAGGUGGUGCUGAAGGCCUUGACCCUGGAGAGAGACCAGGCCGUGCAGGCGUUGAGGACACACGGGCUCCUUCCUGAGAAGGAGGUGCAGAUGCUCCUAAGGCAUCACGAGGAAGAAAUAAGGGGAAGUUUUCCAUCUAGCGAGAUCCAGAGGCUCCAGGAGCAAAACACAAGCUUACGAAGGGCUGUUUCGGAGAUGAGGAAAGAAAUGGAGACCCUGAGUGACCACAUUCUUCCUCCUGCCCCAUCAGGGGGUCAGGCCUCCGACACAGAGCAGCCCCGUCCAAGCCCAGAGGCAGCAGCCGAGGCUACUGAUCACGUUACGGCCCUUGAAACAGAAAUACGAAAUCUAAAGCAUAAAUUUAAAACCUUGGAGGAACAAGUAGAAGAUGUGUUAGAUCCUUCAAAGAGGUCCUCCCCUUCCACCGACUUUCAGCCCAGCGUCUACACCUCGGCCGAAGUCCCUGGAGGAGCUGCGUCAGCUGAUGGUUCACCCAUUGGGCUAGCACUCAGGAGGAUCAGGGACAGGGCACAUCUCACCAACUUCCUGGUGGCCCGGCUCAGGCGGAAGGUGCUGCAGCGACCCCUGGACAUGGACACCAUCCAGCACGAGCUUCCCCGUGAGGUGGACCAGGUGCACCUGGAGGUUUCAGAGCUGCGGAAGCAGGUGGCUGAGCUUGAGGAGCAUCUUGGGAGCAGGCCACAGUUGCAAGCCUUGGACAAGGUGGCCCCUGGGAAGGAGGUCCGUGAAGACCAAGGACCCACAGGGACAGAGGACCAAGGGCCACAGCCCCCACAGGCCUUGUCUGUGCCCCAACUCCAGAGAAAACUAAAGGAGGCAGCCCAAAAAAUCCUCCGCCUCUGCCUGGAGAAAGAACAGCUCCUGGAGAUGGGUAACAGGCUCCGUGCAGAGCUGGGCCACCAUGCCCCAGGGAAACCGCCUCAUCACCCCCUGCCCACCCCUGAGGCCCAGAACCGGAGUGUCGCACCUGAGGCCCCUUUGGGACAGUUGCAACCCCAUUUUGCAGCUCAGAGGCAACACAAAAUCUCUACAGUGACUUGCAGAUCAACUCGGCACAAAGAAAACCGGUCCCCAAAGCCACGCCCAGCUCAAGAAUCCCACAGGGAAAGUGGCCACCACACCGGAAGCUCCUCAUCAGCAGCCAGCGGUCCCCUCCAGGACACGUGGAAGUUACUAGACCUGGGAUCCAGCCCCUCUGGCCUCACCUCCCAGGAUGACUCUGCGCCAGUAGAGCUCACGGCACGUCCAGCAGCCAACAGCCUCGGACACCUGGACAGGAGCCCCGUGGGGACACGGGCAGCCUUUGCCAUUGAAGGGAAGAAGAUGGAAGCGCAGGCAAAGACCAAGCCCACCAGACCCUCCAGGGCUCACCCUGCAAAAACUAAAGGCUGCCAGUGGCCCCCCAAGAUCCGUAACUACAAUUUGAAGGACUGA